UCCGCACCCGCGGCGGGGGCGUGUCCCGCGCCCUGCCCCGCCCCGGGACCGGCCGCGCUCCUCCCGCCGCGCUGGCACCGUCGCUGCUACCCAGGUGGGGAUCGCCGCGGAAGCCGGGACACCUCCUGUACCAUGCAAGGAUGUGCCCGCGCCCUCGCUGACUUGCCCGUCCCCGCCCCCGCUGCCUGUCCCGCCCGGCACCAUGGGAGGAUGCUUCUCCAAGCCCAAACCAGUUGAAGUGAAAAUUGAAGUUGUGAUACCUGAGAAGGAGAGAAGUAAGGAGGAGAUGUCACCCAAUGGGAAAGCCAGCCCUCUGAUCUACAAAGUCAAUGGGACUGCCCGUCACUACCACCUUGAGGAGCAUUCAAUUGCCAGCAACCCCUACCACAACCCAAAGGAUGUGGUAGAAGCAUCUGUGUGCCACGUAAAGGACCUGGAGAAUGGACAGAUGCGGGAAGUGGACCUGGGCUGCGGGAAGGCUCUGCUCAUCAAGGAAAGCGGGGAGUUCCACGCCGUGGGACACAAGUGUCCCCACUAUGGGGCUCCGCUGGUCAAAGGGGUUUUGUCCAAAGGAAGAGUCCGCUGUCCCUGGCAUGGAGCUUGCUUCAAUAUCGGCACAGGUGACAUUGAGGACUUUCCCGGCUUGGAUAGUUUACCCAGGUUCCAGGUGAAGAUUGAGAAGGAGAAGGUAUACAUCCGAGCAAGCAAGCAGGCUCUUCAGACACAGAGGAGGACAAAGAUGAUGGCAAAGUGCAUCUCCUUGAGCAACUACAACCUGAGCAGCACCAAUGUGCUGAUCAUUGGUGCAGGGGCAGCUGGGCUGGUCUGUGCAGAGACCUUGCGCCAGGAGGGUUUCUCUGACCGGAUUGUGAUGUGCACCAUGGACAGACACUUGCCCUAUGACAGACCAAAGCUCAGUAAGUCAAUGGAUUCCCACCCUGAGCAGAUCGCCCUGCGCCCCAAGGAGUUCUUCUGCACCUAUGACAUUGAAGUCCUGACUGAAAUGCAGGUGGCGGCUGUGGAUGUCAAGAGCAAGAUAGCUGUGUUCAAGGAUGGGUUUAAGAUGGAGUACAACAAGCUGCUGAUAGCAACGGGAAACACGCCCAAAACUCUCAACUGCAAAGGUAAGGAGAUGGAAAACGUUUUCAACAUCCGGACACCCGAAGAUGCCAAUCGUGUGGUGAAGCUGGCCACGAGCAAGAAUGUUGUGAUCGUGGGAGCGUCCUUCCUGGGGAUGGAGGUGGCCGCCUACCUCGCGGAGAGGGCCCACUCGGUGUCCCUGGUGGAGCUGGAGCAUGUCCCCUUCAAGAGGUUCUUUGGGGAGAGGGUUGGCCGUGCUGUCAUGAAGAUGUUUGAGAACAACAGGGUGAAGUUCUACAUGCAGACAGAGGUGUCGGAGCUGCGGGAGCAGGAGGGGAAGCUGAAGGAGGUUGUGCUGAAGAGUGGGAAGGUCCUGCGUGCUGACGUCUGUGUUGUGGGUGUUGGUGCAGUCCCAGCGACAGGCUUCCUCAAGCAGAGUGGCAUCAACAUUGACUCCAAGGGCUUCAUCAUGGUCAACAAGAUGAUGCAGACCAACAUCCCAGGGGUCUUUGCUGCUGGAGAUGCUGUCACAUUUCCAUUGGCCUUGAGGAAUAACAAGAAGGUGAAUGUCCCCCACUGGCAGAUGGCCCACAUGCAUGGCCGCAUCGCUGCGCUGAACAUGCUGGCCCACGGCACAGAGAUCAGCACUGUCCCGUACCUGUGGACAGCCAUGUUCGGAAAGAGCAUCCGAUAUGUGGGCCAUGGGGAAGGAUUCGAUGAUGUUGUCAUUCAGGGAGAUUUAGAUGAACUGAAGUUUGUGGCAUUUUAUACCAAGAGGGUCUCCCGGAGCUGGCGUGUGGGUACCAGGAUGGCAUUCCAUGCUGAGAGCUGGAGGAGUGACGAGGUGGUGGCUGUGGCCAGCAUGAACUACGACCCAAUUGUGUCCAAGGUGGCCGAGGUCCUGGCUGCUGGCAGGACCAUCCGGAAGCGUGAUGUAGACUUCCUCCAUCCCCCCUGUGCUACCUCCCAGCUGCCUCCAGGUCUGACAUCCCCCACACAUGGGGUUUGUCUUAAACACCAGGACCCAAAUCCUUGCACAGACAGGAUGGGAUGGGGAUACUCUCUGCCUUUGGGCACAUCAUCAAGGAAGCAAUGCCAGAUGCUGGGGCGCACCUGGGCACCCUGUCAGUCAGGGAGACCUGCAGAGAGGGACUGGGCUGUUUGUCCGUCACGGCAAAACUGGAGACAUGUCGUGGCUAACAGGGAAAGGCACCUAAAGCCGUGGAUGGCUGAGCUCUCCUGAUGCUGCACUCGCCGUGGGGAGAUGGGACAGCAGCUCCAUGGCCUGGCAGGAACCCCAUGGCUCAGACAUUUCCCUUUGAGACCUUGAUGAAACUGCCUUCACAUCUUCCAGGAGGAUCUCACACAGCUCCUCUGCCCCUGUGCCUGCUGGGCUGGGGAUGGGGCUCUGCUGUUGCAAUUGCUGUGGAAUGCUGGAAAAUCAGCCCACAGAGAGCAUGAGGCUUGGCGCUGGCAGUGGGCAUGGUCGCCAUAUGGCUCUGGAUGCUGCCAUAGGGCUGAGGGUUCCCAGGCAGGAGUAUCUCAUGCAUGUCCCUCACUCCAUAAGCAGCACGAGUGCCUUUGGUUGCUUGUGUGCUUUCAUGCAUGAUGUUCCUUUCCAAAUUCUUUUCGCUCCCAGCAGAGCUCCAAUGCGCAUCCCUGCAGAGCCUGACAUCCGCUCCUUUCCUGCAUGGCUGCUGUGUUUGCCACAGCUCUCCCUGUGACCACCCACCCCCAGGGGCAUCUGGGCAGGCCAGGAGAUUACACUGGGUGAUCUCUGUGCAGCUGGUCCUUGUGUUGUCCAGCCUGGUCCUGUGCAGCCCCACCAGUAGAGGUGGGUCCCUGUCCAUGCUGAGAGCUCUGGAGCUCAUCAGUCCCCAUCCCAGCAUCUCCUGUCCUGGAGCAGCCAAGGGGCUGGGAUUCGUUCCCUGUCUCCUGAGGCUUGGUUUGGGUUGGGGCACUGGCAGCUCUUGGGCCCAUUCCCGGGGUGCAUUGCAGGGGUACCUGAGAGCUGUGAUGGCUCAGCUGCAGCCCUGGGCUGGGUGGCCACCCUUCCAGCCACCCUUGAGAUAUCUCUCCUUAAUGCUAUCAUGGAAUCAGUGCUGUUGCUGAGGUGUUAUUAGAGGAAAAGUAGCUGGGGAAGCAUUUCUGGCUGUCCAUUCUCUGGCACUUGUCCAGUGUAGUGACAAAGCUGCAUUUCCCAGCCCACCAUGCUCGUGCUUUGCUGUCCUGUUUCUGAUCCCAUGCUGAAGAAGAGCCAUGUCUCCAGCUCAGGAGUGGACCUGGCCAGCCACAGCCCAGAGUCCAUCAGCCCAGCAGAGUAGGGGUUGAGGGUCCCCCUUGGAGAGACUCCAGUGCUUUGUUCUGGGGGCGACUCCUUCCCCAGCAGUGUUUUACCCUGAGUUCCAGACAAGAGGAUUUAUAUUUUUAAUUUGAUUCGUCCCCUGUGAAUUAAAGCAAUACUAUUCUUGGGGUCUGAA